GUUUACUGCGCUCUUGUUAAAUAUCGCCAGCCUGGGAUAUUUUUAACCACUGGUUGUGAUCCCUGAAGCCGAAGUCGGGCUGCAUCGCCGAUUAUUCUUGCGAAGAGAGCACAAAGCAUAGAGUAGUCGAGCACCUAAUCGUACCCGCCAAUUGCGCCUCCAUAUCCAAGAUAUUCCAAUUAAUAUAUAUCAAAUGAUACUGUGUCUCAUUAUUUUUUGCCAAAAAAAAAAUAAAAUAAAAUAAAAUAUCGGGAAUAAUUCGGGGAAUAUCAUGUGAUUCAAUUUCUUGGCGUUAAACACACGAAUGCUUAUGUAACUGAUAUCGUUAUCUCCACGUGAUCUGUAUAGAAAUUUGCCUUUUUGGGCCAAUCCUUCAACUUCCUCAAUAUAUUGAAUCACACCCAGCAAUAUAUCUGAUAUCCAGCAAACAUCCUCAUAUAUAUUUUUGUGUCUGGGUCCUGUUACCUCACCUCUGAGAUUGACUCUCAUCAGUGUCCUCGAACAAUGCCAUGUUCAAAAGGUUUCUUCAACUAAUCAUGGGGUCCAUCGCAAAAUCACCUCACCCUGUACCUGCACUCACCCCCCGCGUCCCCAUCCCCAAAAAUGGCGUAGACUAUCGCGGUAAAAUAGUACUGGCCCCCAUGGUCCGCUCAGGGGAGUUGCCCUCCCGCCUCCUUGCUCUGAAAUACGGCGCGGAUCUCGUCUGGGGCCCUGAAACCAUCGACAGAGCCCUGAUCGGCUGCACCCGUCGCAUAAACCCGCGCAACUCCAUGGUCGAGUUCACCCGCCUCCCCUCCAACGGUGGGCGCCAAAAUACCCCAAAUGCCAAAGAAUCCGUAAUCUACCGCAUCGACCCACACCGCGAAAGCGGCAAACUGAUCUUCCAAAUCGGCACCGCCUCUCCAAACCUAGCCGUCCAGGCCGCCAAAAUCAUCGCCGCAGACGUUGCCGGCAUAGACGUGAAUGCCGGCUGUCCCAAACCCUUCAGCACCAGCGGCGGCAUGGGAGCUGCCCUCCUCCAGACCCCAGACCUGCUCGUUUCCAUCCUCACCGCCCUCGUCCAACAGAUCGGGAACCCGUACCAGAUCGGCAUCUCCGUCAAAAUCCGCCUCCUCGCCGACCCAGAACGCACCCGCGACCUCGUCACCCGCCUCUGCGCCACGGGCAUCACGGGCCUGACCGUCCACUGCCGCACGACGCCCAUGCGCCCGCGCGAGCGCGCCAUCCGCGCCCAACUGCCCAUGAUCGCCUCCAUCUGCCGCGCCGCGGGCGUCGCCAUCCUCAUGAACGGCGACGUCGAGUCGCGCGACCACGGCCUCGCACUGAUGUCCGAAUACGGCGUCGACGGCGCCAUGAUCGCGACCUCCGCGGAGGCGAACUCGUCCUGCUUCCGCAGCGGGGCGCAAGGCGGGCUCCUCCCCUGGCGCGACAUCGUGUAUGCCUACAUGGAUUUCUGCCUGCAGUGCGAGAAUAAGUGGGGGAAUACCAAGUAUUUGCUCAACAUGCUUAUUCCCGGGAAGGAGCGGGCGUUCAAUGCGGCGAAGCAGUCCAAGUCGUAUCAGGAGGGUUGUCGGGUGUUGGGGUUUGAGGAUCUGAUUGCGCGGGCGAAGGAGGUUGAUGCGAUUAUUGGGCGGACACCGCUUGAUGCUUAUGCUGAUGCUGAGGAGCAAGGUGAAUCGUGCAAAAGGCGAUGUUGACGAACGAGAGUGCAAAGGCCGCGGGUAUCAGUGCUGGUGACGGGAAUGCUCAUGCUCAUGCUCAUGCUCGUCAAUCGGGCGGCAGAAUGGGUAAGGAUAGAGGCGUUAAGAGAGCGACGGGGGGUACACCCGUGGUGGAUGGCGAUGAUGAGAAUAAUGUGCCUCUUGGACUAGAUUCUGCUGCUGCUGUCUUGGUCGAUAUGCCUGCUGUAACAGCUGCUGUUGCUGCUGCUGCGCAUCCACCUGCUGGGGAAAAUGCGCCUGUUCCCCUACAUUGAUAUUCAUGAAUGUCUCCCAAUUCCUUUGCGCUCCGCGUACCCAUUAUGCCUGUCGAAAAUACCCGAUCUAUCCAUACUCGCCAUCCAACCACACUCGGUCCAUCUUUGCUAUUCAGCGUCUUAGAUCAAUAUGUUGCAUAAUGUUGCAUAAUACCGGCGUUGUAUCUGUGGGAUUUUACUUUGUGUUUUUCAUUUUCAUUUAUUUUGGCUGCUUCUAGAUUUCAAUUUUUUUUCACCCUCUUGAUUUAACACUUCAAGAGUACAUAUAUACCCUACUGCGCAGGGGAAAAAAUGAAUGUAUUCAGUUCACACAUUAUUUUUUGUCAUUCAUAUUUGUUACGUAUAUACACCCCCCCUAGGUUUCCACCCUAUUAAAUUUUUUUUUCUCCUUUCAUAUAUGUGUCCUCCAAAUGGAGAAGCAACGCGUUCAAUCCACGGAUGCGACAUGGCUGCACGCUUGAUUCAAAACACCUCUGUACUGGAAGAAGGAACAUCGAACAGAAAGAAAUCGGAAAAGAAAAAAAGGAAUUACCUAUUAAAUUUAAUAGGUACACCUCCUGCCAUGGCCGUGAAUAUCAUCACACUUGCCAUUGAACGGCUUCACGCCUCCAGUGCCCAGAGCGCGGGCCUGCUUGGGCGGCGGGUCCUUGGGGGGCAGGCUCUUGGUGCUGCGCGCAUAGGUCGCAAGCGCAUACGCCGCGCCCUUGGUAUUCAUCAUCCACGCCUUCAUGUUCACGUUGUUCGCAUCAUCGCCCACGCCGUGGUAGUUGGAGUCAUACGCGAUGCCGGCGGUGCCGCCGAACAUCUUGGCCUGUUCCUGCGUCUUGAUGCCCUCGGCGCCCGUGAAGAUGCCGCCGGCGGGAAUGCCGACGGAGAUGAAGGCGUCGUAGUCGGAGCGCCCGUCGAACUCGCUGGGGAUGUGUGCCGUCCUGCGGUCCUCGUAGUAUUUUUGGAAGAGUUUCUCGAUCUCGGCGCUGCCGGAGGGGCCGGUGAAGUUGAAGGUUGAGCCGUCGCCGUCGUAGAUCAUGUAGGCGUAGUUGGGGGAGGCGGUCAUGUCGAAGUUGAGGUACAGGCGGAUUUUGUCGCGUUCUUCGGGGCUGAGGUUGUCGACGUAGUAUUGCGAGCCGAGGAGGCCGUAUUCUUCUGCGGUCCAGAAGAGGAAGCGGACGGCGUUGGGGACCUUGAAUCGUGCGAGGGCCUUGGCGAUGGCGAGGUUGCCGAUGAUGCCGGAGCCAUUGUCGUUGAUGCCGGGGCCUGAAAGGGGAGAGAAGAGCGGGUAUAUUAGAUAUUGUUGCUGCUGGUGGUUGUGGUGGGAGAGGGGAAAUGUGCAUGUACUUACCAGCCUCAACGGAGUCGGAGUGUCCUCCAAUCGCGAUGAUGUUGUUUUUAUCUCCACCCUUCGAGGUUGCAAUGACGUUAUAUCUAUGGUGAAAUAAUCCCGUUUUAAUUCCAACAACCCAUAAUUUGCCUUGGGGAAGCCUACUUACGUCGUGCGGUUCUCAAACUGUGAGUUAGCAAACAGUUCACCCAUCAAAGUCCCCGAUCCCAAGCGCGCGGCGAGGUCGUCUCCGAUUUCCUUGGAAACACCGACGGUCGGGGGAUAAGGGCCUGCGGGGUUAGAGGGAGCACCUAGGGUCCCUGAAAGGGACCCGGGGAUGUUAUUAUAGAUCAAGGCACCGACGGCUUUAGCUGAGCCGGCAAGAGCGGAUUUGAGGCCAAACGGGCACUCGCCACGAAGGAUCAGCGCGAUUUUGCCAUUCACUUCUGGUGGGAAAUCUGCCUGCAAAAUUGGUUCAUGUUCAGUGCUUGCUUCCUUCUCUGCUUCUUGUAUUUCUCCUUAUUUUCCGUUUUGGGUACUACUGGGUUGUCACCUACAGGAACACAUCCGAGGUUAUUCACAAGGACAAGCUCCGCCUUCGCGUCCCCUGACGGACUGUAUGUCAUAGGAAGAACCUCCUUGUUCUCGCCAUUGACUUUCAAUGUGGCUUCGGACUUGCUCCACAGGUGAACUUGCUCCUGCUUGCUCACGUCAUAGUAACGGGUCCGCUUAAGCUCUUUCACGAGGUAAUCAAUGGUAGCCUCAUGGCCCUCAGUGCCGAAAACCCGGUUCCGUCCAGGAGAAGCGUAUGCAAGAGAUUCUAACUUUUUGGCUCCUGCCUUCAGAUCCCUUUCGCG